AUGGCUGAAGCACCGGUUGCUUUGGAUGCAUACCAGUGGGACAUUCUACUGAAUAUUCUAGUCUUUGCUGGUGUGGAAAACUUGAUUCAACUACUACUACCUGAAAACCGUGAUUUUCUAAACCUAAAUAAUAAUUUAAAACGAGCAAUAAACAGUGUAAUUGAGGGUGAAACUGGCCUACAGUACAAUAAUAGGACAGACAGGUACUCCUUUCUACAUAUGUACUUGAGGACCCCAAACUGUAUUGACAAGAAAAGAUUGAAAUUUUUCACUGACAAAGAUGCAUUUCUUAUCCUUUACGAUUAUUGCACACAGGAAGGCUUAUCGGUCACUUUGAAUGUGGCAUACUACUUGUGGACUUCUAAUGAUUUGAUGAACUUUAGAGAGCUAAUAGCCAAGUUGAAGUCACCUAAUAUUCAACUCAAUAUUGAGCUAGAAUUUGAUCCAGCUUUCAAGUACAGUUUCCAUGGUGAACAGUUUAUGGAACCAUUUGUUCAUAUUGGAAAACAAAUCAAGUCCCUUGUACUCGUACAGAAUUUGAAACUUCUGAAGAUCGAGCUGUUGGACAUCAUGCACAACAAAACCAAGGCAAAACAACCUCUUGAUGCUUUACCAGAAACUUUGAAAUCAUUCCAAGCUGAUUCUGGUAUUGCUUGCUCUCUCUUCCCAAGACUCGUGGACGAACAAUCGAGUUUGCCGAGACUUGAAACGAUUGUACUAUGGGUUGAAAAGACGAGAGACUUGUAUAUCUUACUUGUGUUUGUCAGUCUUUUAUGUUCCAAAUCUACAAAGAUUAUAGGCAUUUUGACUCACGCUUCUGCUCCUGAGUUUCCAAACGACUUGAUGGCAGUGUUAGAUGAAAAUAUCAACGAGGGAAUGAUGUUGAAUCUGCUUGAACUAAUGACCGGCUUGAACUUACCAUUAACCACAUUUCCAACGACGAGUCUAACUAUUCAACAAGUUGCAAAUCCAGAGAUCCUAGGUGAGUUGCAAUAUCCCCAAACGUUGAAAAGGCUCAACUUGGCUAAUAACUCGAUCCAGGAUUUGUCACCAAUAUUGCAAACACUUCCUGUUGAACUUGAGUUUCUCAAUUUUGAUCAUAAUCCCAUUAGUUGGAGCACGUGUGUGCCCAACUUUUCAAAGUUUGAAAAAUUACAGUAUCUAAGAUUGAUGAAUACUCACAUUGGUAAAAACUUUCUGCAGUUCAAAUUUCCUGACUCGUUGGAGACUUUAUCGCUUGAAGUGAACCAAAUUGAAUCUAUUGACGAGGUGAAAUUCCCAGCAAAGUUGAAUAAUUUAGGCAUUGGAUCAAACAAGAUUAAAGUGGUUUACAAGCCAAGAUUCCCGCCAACAAUUGAAACGGUACAUUUCACAGAAAACAAAAUUUCGAAAGUGGAUCUUUCGACAAACCACAUUGGUCAGCCAUUGCAAUUGAAAACUUUGUAUCUCAACUACAACAAAAUCAAGAGCUUGAAUAAUGUCAAGUUGCCACUGACUUUGGUCAAUCUCAACUUUGACAAUUGUCGAAUCCGAGCCUUGCUGGACAUUGAGUUCGGUAAGACGAUUGAAGAAUUGAGCUUUAAUGGUUGCGAGAUUGAUGACUGGACAACCGCCACUUUCGAAAGUGGGUCAAAGUUGAGGUAUUUAUGCUUAUCCGACAACAAACUCAGAUCGUUUGGUCUUGCCCUUCCACAAUCUGUCAUAAACAUUGACCUUUCACUAAACAAAAUCAACAAAAUUCCUCCUCGAUUGGCUAACUUGCAAAACUUGAAAUAUUUGAACCUUUCGCAAAACAGAAUUCGAUCAGCCAGGUAUCUGUUCCAAACUACGUGCUUGGAAGUUUUGGAUCUUUCAUUCAAUAGUAUCGAAAUGCUCGGAUUAUCAUUUCCACCAAACUCCGAAACCAACCUACUGCUGCUUGAUUUAAGUGGAAAUAUUCUAGAUGAAUUUUCCUUGGAGGCGAUCGGCCAUGACGAGAACAGAGGUGCUUUGCACAGCCGAUUAUUUGAACUCGACUUGGCAGGAAACUGCAUCCGUAAACUCCAAGUGUCUUCCUUGUUGGAUCACUUACCACCAUCAAUCCAAUGGUUGUGGUAUCAACGGGAUUCACCGUCUGAUCAUGAGCAAUUCUAUUUAGACACAGGGUCCAAUGCUGUGUGUUUUGAAAUUUCAAAUCCAACCAGUAUCAAAAUCACAAGAACUUUAGGAACGGACCCACUCCCAUUGGCACUGUUUGAAUAUAAUCACCGAGCUGCAUUGCAAGGGUUACCUAAUUUCGAUUACCUUGUAACUGAUGCAAAAUUGGAUGAGUAUUUUGAGUUUGGUGAGUUUGCCUUCAAGACUGAUUCACGGUUUGCAACUAGCAAAAUCUUGGAGAAGGAAAAAUUGGAAUUUGAUGUCGAUCCUGGCAUUUGGUGUUUGUAUUCUCCCAAGGUACUGUCUUUUGAAUACAAGGUUGAUAUUGAGGAAUCUGGAUAUUAUGAAAAAAUUGAUGAUUUAUGGUGGUUAGUCGCCAAUGUUUUAAUCAGCUUGUUUCUUGCGAGAUUGUUCAGUUUUGGAUCUAAUCCUCCAGUAUUGUACAAAUUACAAGUAAAUUUACAAUUGAUUAAAGUGGCACUGUUGCUUGUGAGCACAACUUUGGUGUUGUUCAAUUUUGAUGUUGCAAAGUAUGCCGAUUACAUUUCGGCAAGUUUAGAUGAUGCAUUUACCAUUUUUUACAUACUUGGCUACGGACUCAUUCCUUUCAACGUGCAACUGCAAACCUCCAACAAGAUGGAGCUUAUUGCGUUACUAUGCGUGAUCCCAGCCUUUGCUACAAGAUACUUUGAUUUGAAAAACAACAUACAAUACAUUGUGAUCAAUAAUCAGAAUUACAAUGUCAUUCAAGGAGUUUUGGGACCAGAGGUAUUUGAUGGGAUUGGAAGAGUGGCGAAAUUAACUCAAGACAACAGGGUAAACAAGUUGAGUGGGCCCGUUACUGUUCUUUUUGCAGUAUCCAAGAUUGUCAAAAUUGUGACGUACAUUUAUGCAAUACGCAAGACUUUGAAACAGUUGACAGUUGCGAAUCCAACUGCCAAACCGUAUUAUAUCUGGACAGUUGUGAUUUGGCUAUUUGUGUGGCUGUUGGUGAGUGUGGGGAUGGCUCCGGAUUUGUUCUUCAAUUAUCCCAACGUCACUAAUUAUGCAAAAGUGUUGAAUGAGUUUUUGAUAUCUGCUAGAAGGAGACGCUUUAUUACGCUCUUAUGGGAUGAAUCUCAUUGGAUUGUGUUCUGGUUAAUCUGGUAUACUGGUAAUGGUUCAUUAGUGAGGAAAGUAGAUGUUGUUAAAGUGCAAAUAAAUUAG